CCCCCGAAUAUAAUUAUAAAUGACUUAAAUAUGUGUCAUAUAAUAUUCCUGUGUUUGUAAUAUAAAAAUAAAUUAUAUAUAUUUAAUGAAUAAUGUGUAUAUGUGUGAGCGGAAGUGGUCCUGAGUGACCCGGAAGCUGCCAGGUGGACACGCCGCUCCGCUGCUGCUGCGACCCGCACACCGACACCCCGAGCCUCCGCCCGGCCCCGGACCCUCCGGACCCUCCGCCCGGCCUCUGGACCUUUCUGGACGCUUCUCCGCGGCUCCGCGAUGAGCUGACGGGGCAGAGGGAGAAACUCCGAUGAUUUAAGGUUGAAUUAAGAUGAGAGAAAUCUUCCUGCGGGCAGCAGAGAGCAGUGAAGCCGCCCGGGAGGAGAGCUAGCCCACCGAUGGCCUGCCAGUCUGUCGCUGCAGUCAUGGACGAGCAGGCCCUGCUGGGGCUCAACCCCAACGCCGACGCCCGCUACCGCCAGAGGGCCAUGGCUUACUUUGAGCAGCUGAAGGAGUCUCAUGAUGCCUGGGAGGUUUGUGCCGAGGCCCUGGCUAAAGGCGUUUACAAUGAUGACCAUGUGAAGUUCUUCUGCUUCCAAGUCCUGGAGCAUCAGAUAAAGUUCAGACAUGCUGGUCUGAGUGGAGUCCAGCAGCAGCUGAUCAGAGAGACUCUGAUGAAGUGGCUCCAGUCUCAGCUGAUGAACGCGCAGCCAGAGAAGCCGUUCAUCAGGAACAAGGCGGCGCAGGUGUUGGCCCUCACCUUCGUCAUGGAGUACCUGACGCUGUGGCCCAAGUUCUUCUUCGACAUCCUGUCCCUGGUGGGUCUGAACCCCCACGGCGUCGACAUCUACCUGAGGACGCUCAUGGCCAUCGACGCCGAGGUGGUGGACCGAGACAUCCCGCACCUACCCGACGAGACGCGUAGAAACAGUUUAAUCAAAGACCGGAUGAGGGAGCAGUGCAUCCCCAGCCUGGUGGAGUCCUGGUUCCAGAUCCUGCAGACGUACCAGCAGUCCCACCCGGAGCUCACCUGCCAGUGUCUGGAGGUGGUGGGAGCCUUCGUGUCCUGGAUCGACCUCGGCCUCAUCGCCAACGACCGGUUUGUGAACCUCCUGCUGAGCCAGAUGUCUGUGGAGGAGCUGAGGGAGGAGGCCUGUGACUGCCUGUUUGAGAUCGUCAACAAAGGGAUGGACCCCGUGGACAAAACCAAGCUGGUGGAGUCUCUGUGCCAGGUGCUGCAGUCUGCAGGAUUCUUCAACGUGGAGCAGGAGGAGGACGUGGACUUCCUGGCUAAGUUCUCCCGGCUGGUGAACGGGAUGGGUCAGAGUCUGGUGCUCAGCUGGACCAAACUGGCCAAGAACGGCAACGUGAAGGAGUCUGCGGAGACGCUGCAGGCGGUGGAGGCCAAGGUGCCGCUGCUGCUGCAGCUGCUGGUCCACGAGGACGACGACAUCUCCGCCAACAUCGUCGGCUUCUGCUACGAGUACCUGCACGUCCUCAAACAGCUUCCCCAGCUGACGGAACAGCAGAAAACAAACAUUGAGGCGAUCAUGCUCGCCGUCAUGAAGAAACUGACGUACGACGACGAGUACAACUUUGAGAACGAGGGCGAGGACGAGGCCAUGUUCGUGGAGUACAGGAAGCAGCUGAAGAUGCUGCUGGACCGCCUGGCGCAGGUUUCUCCUGAGCUGCUGCUGGAGGCCGUACGCCGAGUCUUCACCAACACCAUGCAGAACUGGCAGACGGCUCCAUUCAUGGAGGUGGAGGUGGCCAUCAGGCUGCUCUACAUGCUGGGAGAAGCUCUGCCGGCGUCCCACGGCGCUCAUUUCUCCGGAGACACGGCCAAGACCAGCGCCCUGCAGGACAUGAUGAGGACGCUGGUGUCCUGCAGCGUCAGCAGCUACCAGCACAGCUCCGUCUCUCUGGAGUUCUUUGAGACGGUUGUUCGAUACGAUAAGUUCUUCAUCGUGGAGCCUCAACACAUCCCCAACGUCCUGAUGGCGUUUCUGGACCAGAGAGGACUGAGACACAACAGCCCGAAGGUUCGCAGCAGAGUGUCGUAUCUCUUCUCCAGGUUCAUCAAGACGCUGCAUAAACACAUGAACUCCUUCAUCGAGGACAUCCUGACCAGAAUCCAGGACCUGCUGGAGCUGGCUCCUCCUGACAACGGUUACCAGGCGCUGCUGACGAGUGACGACCAGCUGUUCAUGUUCGAGGCGGCCGGCGUGCUGAUCGUUAACGGCGACAGCGCCGUGGAGAGGAAGCAGGCGCUGAUGAGGAGUCUGCUGCUGCCGCUGAUGGACGCCUUCCGCCUGCUGCUCGCCAAACUCUCCCAGGAGACGGACGAGGAGCGCCAGGCCGCCCUGGCCGACUGCCUCAGCCACGCCGUCGGCUUCGCCAGCCGGACCAGCAAGGCGUUCAGCAACAAGCAGACGGUGAAGCAGUGCGGCUGCACCGAGGUGUACCGAGACUGUCUGCAGAGCUUCCUGCCGGCGCUGAGCUGCCCGGUGCAGCGCGGCCCGCUGCGCAGCUCGGUGCGCUCCUUCCUGCACCGCAUGAUCAUCUGCAUGGAGGAGGAGGUGCUGCCCUUCGUCCCCGCCGCCUCCGAGCACAUGCUGAAGGACUGCGAGGCCAAAGACCUGCAGGAGUUCAUCCCGCUCAUCAGCCAGAUCACCGCCAAGUUCAAGCGGCAGGUGUCUCCCUUCCUGCAGCAGGUCUUCAUGCCGCUGGUGCUCGCCAUCUUCGAGGUGUUGGCGCGGCCGGCGGAGGACAACGACCAGGCGGCGGCGCUGGAGAAGCAGAUGCUGCGGAGGAGCUACUUCACCUUCAUCCAGACGGUGACGGGCAGCGGCAUGAACGAGGUGCUGGCCAAUCAGGGAGCAGAAAACAUCGAGCGCGUGGUGUUCACCAUCAUCCAGGGCGCCGUGGACUUCCCCGACCCGAUCGCCCAGAAGACCUGCUUCAUCAUCCUGUCCAAGCUGGUGGAGCUGUGGGGAGGUAAAGACGGCAUGGUGGGAUUCCCCGACUUCAUCUACAAACACAUCGUCCCCGCCUGUUUCCUGGCGCCGCUCAAGCCGACCUUUGACCUCUCGGACGCUCAGACCGUCCUGACGCUGUCGGAGUGCGCCCUCACGCUCAAAAUGAUUCAUCUCAAACGGGGGCCCGAGUUCAUCCAGUUCCUGCAGCAGGAGUAUCUGCCCUCCCUGCAGGUGGCGCCAGAGAUCUCACAGGAGCUUUGUCAAGUUCUGCAGCAGCCGGACGUCAAAGUCCUGAAAAACUACAUUAAGGCGUUCUUCCAGCGAGCCAAGCUGUAGGACCUGAACCUGGAAGUUGACUCAGGACACUGACAGGAGCUUCUAACAGCAUCAACAACUAAAGGACCUUAGCAUCGGAGCUGCUUGUGCACUUAAAGAGUCUGAAGUGGUGGAAGAAGCUCGGCGGGCGGGCGGAUCAACCCCUCCGGCCGCCGGCGAGACGAGCUCUCCACGAGGACCGGAGGAGCUCCACCGACCACCGGAAACAGUUUGUGGAGGCGAGAGGAAAGGGCUUUUAGAGGGAACGGACCCGAGGGAGAGGACGCUGCCCGUCUGCUAAACAUUCGGUAAUUAUCCUGAAACGUUAGAAACAUGUGGAAGAACUUCUGCCAGGGACGAGGAAAAGCUCCUGCAAGUCAUUCAGAGCAGAAACUUUCUCAAAGUAAAGACAGAAUAUUACGAGGAAAACAACUUUGGUAUCUCAAGAUAACAAGUUAUUAUCUCGAAUUAAUGAAGAAUUAGAAAUUAGUUGGUAUGUCAAAAUAACAAACGUUCUCAAAAUACCGAGUUAGUUUCUUGAAAUAAAGAGAAACUUUGUCAUUAUUUUGAUGCACUAAUUUCGAUGAAUGCUUUUGAAAUAAUGAAUUUGUAUCUCAAAAGUGAUCAGCAACUUUCUCAAAGUAAAGACUGAAUAAUACGAGGAAAACAACUUCGGUAUCUCAAGAUAACGAGUUAUUAUCUCGAAUUUAUGGAGAAUUAGAAAGUAGUUGGUAUAUCAAAAUAAUUAGUUAGUUUCUUGGAAAAAAAAAAGAGAAACUUUCUCGAGAAAAGUGUUAAACAAUGAGAAAUGUUGUUGAAAUAACGGUUUCAUAUCUCAAAAUGAUCCGAGCUUUUCUCAAGAUAAUAAGUAAGUUUCUUGAAAAAAAGAGAAACCUUAUCGAAAUUAGUGCUUAAAAUUAAUCCAUCCAUCCAUUUUCUACAGCUUAUCCAGGGCCGGGUCGCGGGGGCAGCAGGUUAAGCGGGGCAUUCAACGCUUUUGAAAUAAUGAAUUCGUAUCUCAAAAUGACCAGCAACUUUCUCAAAGUAAAGACUGAAUAAAACGAGGAAAACAACUUUGGUAUCUCAAGAUAACGAGUUAUUAUCUCAAAUUAAUGAAGAAUUAGAAAUUAGUUGGUAUAUCAAAAUAACAAACUUUCUCGAAAUACAGAGUUAGUUUCUUGAAAUAAAGAAUUAGUGUUUGAAAUAAUUAAUUUGUAUCUCGAAGUGAUCAGAAACUUUCUCAAAUUACUGAGAGCAUU